UUGCUUGAAGUGUCGUGCUUAUCAAAGGUUAUGAAUUACACGUCACGGUAGGGCGUGCGCACGUGGAAGUUCUCGUGGUUGGCUGUCAGCACGCGGCCAGUUUGGCAAAACCUUUACAUCACUCGUGCCACUCUGUCACAGGUCAGACAACCAGGCAGGUGAGAAGACGCACCUUACCUGACAAAUUCUUAAUCGGUGAUGACACCUGGCAAAUAGGGUGGAUCCCUUCUGCAGUACAAGAAAUAGUUCCUAGCUGUAAGAAAUUAAGCAGAAAGAGUGGUAACUUCUUGGGGGAAAACUCCCCUCUUUUUCAGAUCGAGUGUCCGCAGGUUCGGCAACACAGAUCUGACAGUGAGGCGUGUAGCUGUGAUUUUAUAAAGGAACAUUUAUACAUUUAUUUGUGCUUCAAUGUGCUGUGGAACUUACGAUGGGAUCUAACUUCAAAGAUAAAGGAAUCCUGUGCCUCCUGGUGAUCCUAGGAUGUAUUCUGGAGAUAUCGCAAUCUCAAGAAGUAAUUCAGUUGAACUUGUGUCUCAAUACAAGACUGGUCAUCCCUCCAUGUACAGGAGGAAAGAAGAUCAACAUAAUUCUAGAAAGCUAUGGGCGUAAUCCUGAGGGCGUAGAACGCUGCCAACCCCACCCAACAAUAGACUGCACUAUACGUGGAGACGUGUUUAUCAACCUUUGCCAGGGGAAAACUGAGUGUUCCCCGAGAUUUCGGCCGGUCCCUUACUAUCCUAUUAAAGCAAGCAAGUGCCCUCAGAUAGAAACUGAUGAUGUGGAAAUUUUAACCAACUACCUACAUUUAGAAUACCAGUGUCUGGACAGAAUACGUUCUAGAAUUAGUUUGAACCAGCCCUGUGAGCUGAAUCUGGACCGCUGUAAAGACAACAAUGCUCACUGUGACCCUGACUUCCUACAGUGCAGGUGUGUCAAAGGAUACUUUGCUAAAAUCAUCAAUGGAAAUCCAGUUUGUGUCCCCCACAUUCCCCUGAAUGGUCUGUGUGCAGUCCCAGACAUAUGUAACAGUACCAACGCCGAGUGCAGAGGAGGGCGCUGCAGGUGUAAACCAGAUUUUUAUGAGAAAUAUGGAAGCUGCGGUGAGUUUUUAUUGUGUUGA